CUGAGGGCAGUGCCGGGCGCGGCGCCGCCGAGGAGCCUUUCCCCUGCCCUUCUCCUUCUCCCUCAGGGGCUGCUCCGCCCUCCUCCUCCUCCUCCUGCUGCUGCUCCCGGGGGCAGCCCCAGGUGGUGGCCGCGCCGGCGGCACCAUGUGAGGCGGCGGGGCUGCCGCCGCGCCUCCCGCUGCCAUGAGGGGAGGGGACGCGGGGCUGCGCCCACGCCGCCCACAGGUACGGCCCGGCCGGCAGCGGCUGCUGCUGAGGCUGCUGCUGCGCCUCCUCCUCAGCGGCGCCCUCCUCAGCGGCGCCGGGGUGGCGGCGCUCGGAGACUUCGCAGGUUACCUAACCAAACUUCUGCAAAAUCAUACCGCCUAUGCCUGCGACGGGGAACAUCUGAGUCUGCACUGUCCUCGGCAUUCGACAAUAAGCAUUCAGUCAGCAUUUUACGGGCAAGACUACCAAAUGUGUGGCACACAGCAGCCUGAAGCCAGGAUGACAGAACCCAUAAACUGUGUGGCACCCACCUCCCUGCAGAAAGUACUGGAUGAAUGCCAAAACCUGAGAUCCUGCCAACUCCUUGUCAAUAGUCGGGUUUUCGGACCUGAUCUAUGUCCAGGGACCACUAAAUUCCUCCUUGUCUCCUUUAAAUGCAAACCUACUGAAUACAAAACCAAAUCGGCCUGUGAAAACCAGGAACUGAAGCUCCACUGUCAGGAGUCCAAGUUCCUCAUGAUCUACUCUGCCAUCUAUGGCAGGCGGGCACACGAAGAGAGCGUCUGCUCGGCCGAGGCGGAGCGCGUCCCCCCGUUCGACUGUUUGUCUUACACGGCGUUGGAAGUUUUAUCGAAAAGGUGUUACGGGAAACAGAGGUGCAAAAUUAUUGUCACUAGCCAGGAUUUUGGAAGUCCGUGUCUGCCUGGAGUGACAAAAUACCUUAACGUCAGCUAUGCAUGUGUUCCUAAAUUCAUCCUCACAGCUGUCAACCCCCUGGUCACUGACAACAAGUCUUCCGUGAAGCUGAACGACGGUGAGCAUGGUAUCGACAUUGAUCCAAAGGAAUCCAGACUUCCAAAGAAAGAUGGCACAAUUGUUAGCAACUCCUUGGCUACAUUUGCAUACAUUAGAGAUCACCCAGAAAGAGCUGCUCUACUGUUUGUGUCCAGCGUUUGUGUGGGAUUAAUCCUCACGCUCUGUGCCUUGGUGAUCCGCGUGUCCUGCUCUAAAGACUUCAAGAAAUUGCAAGGAAAGAGGGAGCACCUGGUGCCAGAAAGUGACGGAGCAGACGAGAUCAGUGAGAACGAGGAGGAGGACGACUCCUCCGAGUCAGAGCUUCAGGAUGAACUGGCAGAACUUUACAGACCUCCUUACUCAGGUUAUAACUCAGCAGAAGCAGCGGAUCUGGCUGAACGGAUCGAGCGCAGGGAACAGAUCAUGCAGGAAAUUUGGAUGAACAGUGGUUUGGAUAUGACACCACCUAGAAAUAUGAAUACAUUUUAUAUUAAUGAACAAUAAAUGGCUUAUUUUGGAUGACACCCUAGCCUUUUUUUUUUUUUUUUUUUGAAAAAGAAAUGUACCUUCUGUGAAGGAACAUUUGUAUCAGUACAUAUAAUUAUUUGUAAAGUAAGAAGAAAUAUAUGCAAUAAAAAGAGAGCUUCAAACCCUU